AUGUGUGGCGGCGACCAGCGCAACAGCAAGACAAGAGGAGCGCUCACUAAAGAAAAGUUGGACCUGAGGAAUGGGCAAGUGCGAGACCACCGCUUUCCUCCCAAUAUUCACCAUCAUGACCGGCAAAACAACACGAAAGAGGAUUUAAAAGGAUCUACUCUGGAUUCGACCACAAGGACGUGUCCCGCUCCGUGCGCUUGUUUGGGGGAUCUAGUAGAUUGCAGUCGACUGAAAAGGGGACAAAUGCCAAACUUUCUCCCAGAAUGGACAGUCCAACUAGACCUCAGCCAUAACAAAUUGCAAGUACUCGAUGGCACUUUGUUUUCCGAACUGAAACAUCUCACUGAACUAAAGCUGAACCACAACGAACUGGACACGGUACCAGAUUUGGGACCGUACGCGUCAAACGUCACAACGCUGGUUCUAGCAAACAACAGGUUCUCCAAGAUCGCCACGGAGCAGCUCAGGCCUUUCCUCGCCCUGGAAACGCUCGACCUCAGCAACAACAUCAUUGUGGAAAUCAAGGCUAACUCCUUUCCUGCUUUGCCUCUCAAGAACUUGUUCCUCAACAAUAAUCGCAUCUCCUUACUGGAGACAGGCUGCUUCACCAACCUAUCCAGCAGUCUUCAGGUUCUCCGACUCAACCGCAAUCGCCUCUCAUCCAUUCCGGCUAAAAUCUUCCAAUUGCCCAACCUUCAACACCUGGAGCUAAGCAGGAACCGAGUGCGCAGAGUAGAAGGCUUGACAUUCCACGGUUUGCACGCUCUCCGCUCUCUGAAGAUGCAGAGGAACGGACUCAGUCGCCUCAUGGACGGCGCCUUCUGGGGCCUCAGCAAUAUGGAAGUCUUGCAGCUGGACUACAACAACCUGACUGAGGUGAGCAAAGGCUGGCUGUAUGGCCUGCUGACUCUGCAGCAGCUCCACCUCGGCCACAACGCCAUCAGCAGGAUUCGACCUGACGCCUGGGAGUUCUGCCAGAAACUCAGCGAGCUCAACCUCUCUUCCAACCACUUGUCCCGACUGGAAGAAUCCAGCUUCGUUGGACUCAGCCUGCUAGAUGAGCUUCACAUCGGGAAUAACCGAGUUAGCUUCAUCGCCGACGGAGCAUUUCGAGGCCUCUCCAGCCUGCAGACCUUGGAUCUCCAAAAUAAUGAAAUCUCGUGGACCAUAGAGGACAUGAACGGGCCCUUCUCAGCACUGGACAAACUGAAGAAAAUAUUUCUCCAAGGAAACCAAAUUCGUUCAGUUACCAAGAAGUCAUUUUCUGGCCUGGAUGCAUUACAGCACCUGGACUUGAGCAAUAACGCCAUCAUGUCUAUCCAAGCAAAUGCUUUUUCACAGAUGAAGAAUCUACAAGAACUGCGUCUGAACACCUCGAGCUUGCUGUGCGACUGCCAGCUCAAGUGGCUUCCAGUCUGGGUGGCAGAACAAACCUUCCUCCCCUGCAUUAAUGCCAGCUGCGCCCACCCGCAGAUGCUGAAGGGCAGGAGCGUGUUCGCCGUCGGCCCCGAGGAGUUUGUGUGCGAUGAUUUCCCCAAGCCUCAGAUCACCAUUCAACCGGAGACGCAGUCUGCUCUGAAAGGAGCUAACGUAACUUUCGUGUGCUCGGCCGCGAGCUCCAGCGACUCGCCAAUGACGUUCUCCUGGAAGAAAGACAACGAAGUCCUAAACGAUGCAGAGAUCCACAACCAGGCCCACUUAAGAGUACAGGGAGGUUCCGGUGGCGAGACUGAGGUGACGGAGUAUACAACCACCCUGCAGCUGCGAGAUGUGCAAUUCUCCAGUGAGGGAAAAUACCAGUGCGUCAUCUCCAACCACUUUGGAUCCUCUUACUCCACCAAAGCCAGGCUGACUGUUAAUAUGCUUCCAUCCUUCACCAAGAUGCCGAUGGACCUGAGUAUCCGUGCCGGAGCGACGGCCAGGCUGGAGUGUGCCGCUGUGGGUCACCCGUCGCCUCAAAUUGCCUGGCAGAAGGACGGCGGCACGGACUUCCCAGCCGCCCGCGAACGGCGAAUGCACGUGAUGCCUGAAGACGACGUGUUCUUCAUAGUCGAUGUCAAGACGGAGGACAUUGGCGUUUACAGCUGCACCUCUCAGAACAUUGCUGGGGCCAUUUCUGCCAAUGCUACGCUAACAGUUUUAGAAACACCCUCUUUCCUGAGACCCCUCAUGGACCGAACGGUAGCCAAGGGUGAGACCGCUGUCCUCCAAUGCAUAGCCGGCGGCAGCCCCGCACCGAGACUGAACUGGACCAAAGACGACAGUCCGUUGUUAGUGACCGAGCGCCAUUUCUUCGCCGCCGCCAAUCAGCUCCUUAUCAUCGUGGAUGCCGCAGAGGCAGACGUUGGGAAGUACACUUGUGAAAUGUCCAACGCUCUGGGCACCGAAAGGGGAAAUAUCAGGCUGUCCGUCAUUCCGAACCCCAACUGCGACUCUGGAGGAGGCGUCGGGGUCGGGAUUAUUGGCGGCGCAGGCUCGGAUGAUGACGGCUGGACCACAGUGGGCAUAGUCAUUAUAGCUGUGGUGUGCUGCGUAGUUGGCACCUCGUUAGUGUGGGUAGUAAUCAUCUACCACACCCGUAGGCGUAAUGAGGACUGCAGUGUUACCAACACAGAUGAGACAAACUUGCCAGCAGACAUCCCAAGCUACCUUUCCUCUCAAGGCACGCUAGCAGACCGCCAGGACGGCUACAUACCGUCUGAAACCGGGAGCAGCCAUCAGUACAUGGCGUCGUCCAUUAGCGGCUUCUACCUGCAGUCUAAAGACAUGAAUGGUCUUUGUCAGCUGGAUACAGGCAGUGAAGCGGAGAUGGAAGCGGCAUCCAUUGAUCCCCUGCUCUGUCAUUACCAAGGUCCAAUAAGCACACUGCUUCGGCGAGACCUGUACCCCGCUGAACUGUCUGAGGUCUACACAGGGUGUCCUGUUGACUCGAGACCUGUUUGCACUGAGAACUACAACGGAAGCCUGACCAGGUCCAAAAGAAGGGACUGCCUCCUCUCAGAGCCCUUUGACCUUUGCUCCUCUACAAUCCUGAUGCAACUUCCCAAUGCUGGUCUUCAUCUUGGCCCCUCCCACCAACAAACUGGUCGCCGCCCAUCCACGGAGGAGGCAGAAACGGCAAACUAUGGCCGACCAAAUGACUGCCCCCCUCCUUACAACAGCUUCAUGGGUACAUUUGGGAAAUCUCCCUGGAGACCUCAACAGGACUUGCACUUGAGAUAUAGCCCACCUCCAGCGACCAGUCCCCAUGAGAACCCCUACACUGCUCCCGAUGUGGAUUCAGACGGCGAAGAGGGCAACCGCAACAAGGACUCCGACUCGGAGCAGAGUCACAGUGUUUACGAACAGCCGUUUGACAGCAACAGGACUGAAGACGUUUCUCAAAGCGGAACAAGCUGUUAG